AUGGGUGCAGAGUGCCAGCAGCUCCCUGCAUUACCGAUUUUCAGCAUUUGGACAGGAGCUACACUUAGAACUUCAGCCCUCGGCAAUUUUGAGCAGUCACUUUAUUGUCCAGGUACUGGGAAAAGAUGGUGCUUCAGAGACUCGGGCCCCCGAGGUGCAGCGAUGUUUCUAUCAGGGAUUUAUCCGAAACGACAGCUCCUCCUCGGUCGCAGUAUCUGCCCGCCGUGGGGUGCGGCGCGACUGGGGCGCGUGGCUAAGGCGCUCCAGCUGUGCUGCCUCUGCUGUGCGUCGGUCUCCGCAGCCUUAGCCAGUGACAGCAGCAUUGGCGGCAGCGGAUUAAAUGAUGAUUACGUCUUUGUCACGCCGGUGGAAGUGGACUCAGGCGGCUCGUAUAUUUCACAUGAUAUUUUUCACCAACACGGCAGGAAGAGGCGAUGGGUGCAGAGUGCCAGCAGCUCCCUGCAUUACCGAUUUUCAGCAUUUGGACAGGAGCUACACUUAGAACUUCAGCCCUCGGCAAUUUUGAGCAGUCACUUUAUUGUCCAGGUACUGGGAAAAGAUGGUGCUUCAGAGACUCGGGCCCCCGAGGUGCAGCGAUGUUUCUAUCAGGGAUUUAUCCGAAACGACAGCUCCUCCUCGGUCGCAGUAUCUACGUGUGCCGGCUUGUCAGGUCUAAUACGGACACAGAAAAAUGAAUUCCUCAUCUCACCGUUACCUCAGCUCCUGGCUCAGGAACACAACUAUAGCUCCCCUGCCGGCCAUCACCCUCAUGUUCUGUACAAAAGAACGGCUGAGGAGAAGGUCCAGCGUUGCCAUGGCUACCCAGGCUCCAGCCAGAAUUACCCUGCUCGCCUCCCAAGACCCACUCCCCAUUCACCUUGGAAUCCAGAAGGAGACCAUCCCCACCGAAGGUUGCCCAAGCAGCACUUUUGUGGACGACGCAAGAAAUAUGCUCCCAGGCCUCCCACACAGGACACCUAUCUAAGGUUUGAUGAAUAUGGGAGCACAGGGCGUCCUAGAAGAUCAGCUGGAAAGUCACAAAAUGGCCUAAAUGUGGAAACCCUUGUGGUGGCAGACAAGAAAAUGGUGGACAAGCAUGGCAAAGGGAAUGUCACUACGUACAUCCUCACUGUCAUGAACAUGGUUUCCAGCCUAUUUAAAGACGGCACCAUUGGAAGUGAUAUUAACAUUGUUGUGGUGAGCCUCAUUCUUCUGGAACAAGAACCUGGAGGAUUAUUGAUCAACCAUCAUGCAGACCAGUCUCUGAAUAGUUUUUGCCAGUGGCAGUCUGCCCUCAUUGGGAAGAAUGGCAAGAGGCACGACCAUGCCAUCUUACUCACAGGAUUCGAUAUUUGUUCCUGGAAGAAUGAACCGUGUGACACGUUAGGCUUCGCCCCUAUCAGUGGGAUGUGCAGUAAGUACAGGAGUUGCACCAUCAAUGAGGAUACGGGACUUGGCUUGGCCUUCACCAUUGCUCAUGAGUCAGGACACAACUUUGGCAUGAUUCAUGAUGGAGAAGGCAAUCCCUGUCGAAAGACUGAAGGCAACAUCAUGUCUCCCACAUUGACGGGAAACAACGGGGUGUUUUCAUGGUCUUCCUGCAGUCGGCAGUAUCUCAAGAAAUUCCUUAGUACUCCUCAGGCUGGGUGUCUGGUGGAUGAGCCCAAGCAAACAGGCCGGUAUGAAUAUCCAGACAAACUACCAGGACAGAUUUAUGAUGCCGACACCCAAUGCAAGUGGCAAUUUGGAGCAAAAGCCAAGUUAUGCAGCCUUGGUUUUGUGAAGGACAUUUGCAAAUCACUUUGGUGCCACCGAGUGGGCCACAGGUGUGAGACCAAGUUUAUGCCGGCAGCGGAAGGGACCAUCUGUGGCUUGAGUAUGUGGUGUCGGCAAGGCCAGUGUGUGAAGCUCGGGGAGCAUGGGCCCCGGCCCGUCCAUGGCCAGUGGUCCUCCUGGUCGAAGUGGUCAGAGUGUUCCCGAACUUGUGGUGGAGGAGUCAAGUAUCAGGAGAGACACUGCAAUAACCCCAAGCCUCAGUAUGGUGGGAAAUUCUGUCCAGGAUCCAGUCGUGUUUAUCAGCUCUGCAACAUUACCCCUUGUCAUGAAAAUAGCUUGGAUUUUCGAGCUCAGCAGUGUGCAGAAUAUAAUGGCAAACCCUUCCGAGGGUGGUUCUACCAGUGGAAACCCUAUACAAAAGUGGAAGAGGAGGAUCGGUGUAAACUGUACUGCAAGGCCGAGAACUUUGAAUUCUUUUUUGCAAUGUCUGGCAAGGUGAAAGACGGUACUCCUUGCUCCCCAAACAAAAAUGAUGUUUGUAUCGACGGGAUUUGUGAACCAGUGGGAUGUGACCAUGAACUUGGUUCUAAGGCAGUUUCCGACGCCUGUGGUGUUUGCAAAGGUGAUAAUUCGACCUGCAAGUUUUAUAAAGGCCUCUACCUCAACCAACACAAAGCAAAUGAAUAUUAUCCAGUAGUCAUUGUCCCAGUGGGGGCCCGAAGCAUUGAAAUCCAAGAACUACAGAUUUCCUCCAGCUACCUCGCUGUUAGGAGCCUCAGCCGAAAGUAUUACCUGACAGGGGACUGGAGUAUCGACUGGCCUGGGGAGUUCCCCUUUGCUGGGACCACAUUCGAAUACCAGCGUCCCUUCAACCGCCCAGAACGCCUCUAUGCCCCAGGACCCACAAAUGAGACGCUGGUCUUUGAAAUUCUGAUGCAAGGCAAAAACCCAGGGAUCACUUGGAAGUACUCACUUCCCAAGGUCACGAAUGGAACCCCGCCUGCCUCAAAAAGACACAGCCACGCCUGGCGCGCUUUGCAGUCGGACUGCUCUGUCUCUUGUGGUGGAGGUUAUAUAAGUGUAAAGGCUGUUUGCUUAAGAGAUCUCAGUAUACAAGUAAACACCUCAUUCUGCAAUGCAAGGACCAAGCCAGCAACGGAACCCAAAACUUGCAACGCUUUCUCCUGCCCUGCCUAUUGGAAGCCAGGUGAAUGGAGCGUGUGCAGCAGGUCGUGUGCAGGGGGCCAGCAGAGCCGGAAGAUGCAGUGCGUCCAGAAGAAGCCCUUCCAGAAGGAGGAGGCGGUGUUGCAUUCUCUCUGCCCAGUGAGCACACCCACUCAGGUUCAAGUCUGCAAUAGCCAGCCCUGCCCACCGACAUGGAGCCUGGGGCCCUGGUCUCAGUGUUCCAAGACCUGCGGCCGAGGGGUGAGAAAACGGGAAGUCCUGUGCCAGCAUUCCUCCGAGGCCGGGAGCCUCCCCGAGGGCCUGUGCUCCAGCACCCCGAGACCAGAGGCACAGGAGGGCUGUGUGCUAGGCCGGUGCCCCAAAAACAACCGACUGCAGUGGGUGGUGUCUUCGUGGGGUGAGUGUUCAACGAGCUGCGGCGUGGGAGUGAGGAAGAGGAACAUGCAGUGUAGCGAGAAGGCCCUCCAGGGAAAGCUGAUAUCCUUCCCGGAGCGGAGAUGCCGCAAUAUCAAAAAACCAAGCCUGGCCUUGGAAGAGACCUGCAACCGAGGGGCCUGUCCAGCCCGUCCAGUGUACAACAUGGCAGCCAGAUGGUAUGCGUCACCCUGGCAACAGUGCACAGUGACGUGUGGCGGAGGCAUCCAGACCCGACUGGUCCACUGUGUUCAGCAGGGCCGACCUGCCUCCAGCUGCCUGCUCCGUCAGAAACCUCCAGUGCUACGAGCCUGUAAUACAAACUUCUGUCCGGCUCCUGCAAAGAGAGAGGACCCAUCCUGUGUCGAUUUCUUUAGCUGGUGUCAUCUCGUUCUUCAACACGGAGUCUGCAACCACAAGUUUUAUGGCAAGCAGUGCUGCAAGUCAUGCACAAGGAAAAGCUGAUCUUGAGGUUAUCAAGGUCUUACCUUUUGACCUUUGGGGCGCCCAGCUGCCUCCCCUAUCCACAGCUGAGAGCUGACACCCUCU